GCGUGCAUGAGCAACGAGGCCGUGGCGGCGCAGACGGAGGCCCUGCGGCUGGACGUGGAGUCGUUGCAGCGCGACUUCCAGGAGGCGCAGCUGGUGCUUGCCAACGGCUGCCGCGAGAGGGACGAGGCUCAGAAGGCGCAGGUGCGGAUGCAGGCCCUCCCCCGCGGCCGAGAUCCACACCUGCAUGGCUGCGACUGGGCGAAGACGCAGCGCAGCAGCAGUCUCUGCACCGUGUGGAAUUUCGGCCGAGGCGCGGCGCAGGGUGCUGGCAUUCAGCGGACCCCGCCACUCCUGGAGGUGCGGCGCAGGGUGCUGCGCAGGCAGCAGACCCCGCCCCUCCUGGUGUUGAGAAUUGCCAGCUGA